GGUGCCGUUCCAGGCUUACCGUCUGCCCCGGAAAGAAAUCUGGUGACUCUUGCCCCACCGCUGUUCACGAUUUCUGUGGCCACCAGUUGAUAUUGGCUGCUGCAGACACAGUUAAUGGUCGAAAUUGCACAGCUUAUGCAACUGUGGGACCUGCCCUUAUCGCUGCAGGCGCCAACUGGGUGGAACCAACAACGCCUCAUGUCUGUGUCGUUGAUGGUAGUUUAAUUACUGCAGCUACCUAUGAGGGCCAUCCUGAAUUCAUCCAGCUCUUUCUCAAGGCUCUGGGCGCUAAAAUAACUGGAGCAAAUCAAAGAAUCUUGUUUCUUUGUGGGGAUUAUAUGGAAGACUAUGAAGUCAAAGGCCCUUUUCAGUCCCUUCAAGCUUUGGGAUGUCAAGUCGAUGCGGUUUGUCCAGAGAAGAAGGCUGGUGAUCGCUGCCCAACUGCAAUCCAUGACUUUGAGGGAGACCAAACUUACAGUGAAAAACCAGGCCACACUUUUGCUUUAACUGCUAGCUUUGAUGGCCUAAAUUCCUCCAGUUAUGAUGCUCUGGUCAUCCCGGGAGGCAGAGCUCCAGAAUAUCUUGCCUUGAACGAACAUGUCCUUACCAUAGUUAAGGAGUUUAUGAUUUCUGAGAAACCAGUUGCAUCUAUUUGCCACGGACAACAGAUCUUAGCUGCUGCCGGUGUCCUCAAGGGAAGGAAAUGCACUGCUUAUCCAGCCGUGAAACUGAAUGUGGUACUCGGAGGAGGAACUUGGUUAGAACCAGAUCCAAUCCACCGAUGCUUCACUGACGGGAAUCUGGUAACUGGCGCAGCAUGGCCGGGACACCCAGAGUUUGUGUCACAGCUAAUGGCUUUGUUGGGCAUUCAGGUUUCAUUCUAGUCCAUGUUAAUAUGUUAUAUGCAAACUCCCCUUUCAUGCGGAAUCCGUCCAACCUACUCGUCUGCUGUGUAAUGUACUAAUGUGUGUAACACUUGUGGCAUGUGACCGGAAUGUCUCCUGUUGAGGAUUUUGUGUCUAAACUGAAGCCUUUUCUUUGAGUUGGCAAUAAGGUUUCCGAGAAUUUGUUUCUUUUCUCUCUAAUCCUUUGACUAGCUUACUAUCAAAAUAUUAGUGUCAUAUUAUAUUUUCGGUGACUAAAGCAUAUUUAGUUGGGAAUGAAUCAACUAAACGGAUCCUUGCUUUUUCCGUUUUCCACAUGA